GGAGGGAGGUGCGCGGCCGUCCCUGCCCGCGGCCGGCUGUUCCGCUCGCCCCCUCACUCCGCCCCGCGCAGGGCUUCCCCCGCGGCGGCGGCUCCAGCCGCCCGCCUUUCCAGUCAGGGAGCGCUAGAGGGAGCGGCGGGAGGGUGAGGUGCCGCCGCCGCCUGUGAGGGCGGUGAAGGGGUGGGACGCCGGGCGGUGCGGGGCGCGCAGCCCGGCCAUGUCUCCGGGGGAGGCGGCGUCGGGUUGAGCGGCCGUGCGCGUAGCGGGGAGCGCUCUCCGCCACCAUGAGGCGGCUGCUGCUGCCCCUACCCCUGCCCUGCCUCCUCCUGCUGCUGCCGCCGCCGCUGCUGCUGCUGCUGCUGCCGGCCGAGGUCAGAUGUACAAUUGCCUGCACUGAGGAUUGCAUUUCAAACAACAUAACUGCAGAAACAGGAGCCAGUAGUAAUGAUAAUGUAUCAGUAAACUCCACAAGUGGGAACGAAACCUAUAGAGGUGGAAGUUUGUCCAGGGAUGUAUCAGUAGCUGACAGCACAAUAAGUGAUCAGAACAAUGUAACACAGCCCAGCCCAGUUCUUGAUCUCAAGGCAGAAUAUGUUGGUGUGACUUCUGUGAAAUUAUCCUGGGAGGUGAACAGCACUGCUUCCAACUCCUACACCUUCAGGAUAGAGGUUGUAAAUGGUACCUCUGUUUGGAACCUGACGUCCAAUGUUACCAACAUUGAAAUUACUGAGUUAAUCCCGGGGACGAUGUACAAUUUCACAGUAUUUGCAGUAGCAGCUGAUGGUCAGACAGAAGAAGAAGGGUUGUCCAUAACCCUGCAUACAAAGCCCAGCCCAGUUCUUGAUCUCAAGGCAGAAUAUGUUGGUGUGACUUCUGUGAAAUUAUCCUGGGAGGUGAACAGCACUGCUUCCAACUCCUACACCUUCAGGAUAGAGGUUGUAAAUGGUACCUCUGUUUGGAACCUGACGUCCAAUGUUACCAACAUUGAAAUUACUGAGUUAAUCCCGGGGACGAUGUACAAUUUCACAGUAUUUGCAGUAGCAGCUGAUGGUCAGACAGAAGAAGAAGGGUUGUCCAUAACCCUGCAUACAAAGCCCAGCCCAGUUCUUGAUCUCAAGGCAGAAUAUGUUGGUGAGACUUCUGUGAAAUUAUCCUGGGAGGUAAACAGCACUGCUUCUGACUCCUACACAUUCAGGAUAGAGGUUGUAAAUGGUACCUCUGUUUGGAACCUGACGUCCAAUGUUACCAACAUUGAAAUUACUGAGUUAAUCCCGGGGACAUUGUACAAUUUCACAGUAUUUGCAGUAGCAGCUGAUGUUCAGACGGAAGGAGAAGGGUUGUCUCUACUUUUGUAUACAAAGCCCAGCCCAGUUCUUGAUCUCAAGGCAGAAUAUGUUGGUGUGACUUCUGUGAAAUUAUCCUGGGAGGUGAACAGCACUGCUUCCAACUCCUACACCUUCAGGAUAGAGGUUGUAAAUGGUACCUCUGUUUGGAACCUGACGUCCAGUGUUACCAACAUUGAAAUUACUGAGUUAAUCCCGGGGACGAUGUACAAUUUCACAGUAUUUGCAGUAGCAGCUGAUGGUCAGACGGAAGGAGAAGGACUGUCCCUCCCCCUGCGUACAAAGCCCAGCCCAAUUCUUGAUCUCAAGGCAGAAUAUGUUGGUGUGACUUCUGUGCAAUUAUCCUGGGAGGUGAACAGCACUGCUUCCAACUCCUACACCUUCAGGAUAGAGGUUGUAAAUGGUACCUCUGUUUGGAACCUGACGUCCAAUGUUACCAACAUUGAAAUUACUGAGUUAAUCCCGGGGACGAUGUACAACUUCACAGUAUUUGCAGUAGCGGCUGAUGGUCAGACGGAAGGAGAAGGGUUGUCUCUACUCUUGUAUACAAAGCCCAGCCCAGUUCUUGAUCUCAAGGCAGAAUAUGUUGGUGUGACUUCUGUGAAAUUAUCCUGGGAGGUGAACAGCACUGCUUCCAACUCCUACACCUUCAGGAUAGAGGUUGUAAAUGGUACCUCUGUUUUGAACCUGACGUCCAAUGUUACCAACAUUGAAAUUACUGAGUUAAUCCCGGGGACGAUGUACAAUUUCACAGUAUUUGCAGUAGCAGCUGAUGGUCAGACGGAAGGAGAAGGGUUGUCUCUACUUUUGUAUACAAAGCCCAGCCCAGUUCUUGAUCUCAAGGCAGAAUAUGUUGGUGUGACUUCUGUGCAGUUAUCAUGGGAGGUGAACAGCACUGCUUCCAACUCCUACACCUUCAGGAUAGAGGUUGUAAAUGGUACCUCUGUUUGGAACCUGACGUCCAAUGUUACCAACAUUGAAAUUACUGAGUUAAUCCCGGGGACGAUGUACAAUUUCACAGUAUUUGCAGUAGCAGCUGAUGGUCAGACAGAAGGAGAAGGGUUGUCUCUGCUCUUGUAUACAAUUCCUGCCCCAGUGAAUUCAUUUCAAUGUGAACCAGUGGCCAAGCAGCCUUACCUAAUGCUAAAGUGGGCAUGUCCUUCUGGUAACAAUUCUGGCUUCAAAAUUACAAUAAAUAAAGAUACAUUCCAAAAUGAAGGACGGGCUCCAUCCUGCGGGAGAGAAGGCUCAGAGGAAACCUUAAUAAUAAAAUAUUUAGAUUAUUUCAGCAACUAUACUGUUACUAUUGUAACUCUUUCAAAUAGUUCUGAAAGCUCUCCAGUGUGGAAAGAGUGUAAUACAAGCAUUACUGACCCACCUGCUCCAAGCAAAGCUCCAUUAGUCAAGGCAGUCAGUCAUAGCUCAUUGUCUGUUGAAUUCUCUGAUUUUGAGUCAUUGAAUGGACCACUAAAAGCCUAUGCAGUAAUGAUCGCAACAGAAGAACAAGCUUGUACAUCUUUGAAGUCUGAACUGAAGAACACAUACAAAGAUUUCAAGAAGAAGACGACAGUCGCCUAUGUAGCAUAUGUUAUAGAUACAGAGCAGGCAAAAUCACCUUCUUUCCAUUCUCAGAAUGGUACAAACAUCGUUGAUAUAGGCAAGGGAAACACAAUGUAUGGCUACGAAAACGGACCAUUGAUUCCACUUCGUUCAUACAGGGCAAGUGUUGCAGGUUUCACUAAUAUAACCUUUACCAUGGCCAGCAUCAUUGUGGGGGAAGAUAGUUAUGUAUCAUUUUCACCCUGUUCUGAGGCGGUUUUGCUACCCCAGGACCCAGGUGUUAUUGGUGGAGCUGUUAUUGGAUGCCUUUUAGCUAUAUUGGCUGUAGUCGCUAUAGGGGGUUUCAUAUUCUGGAGAAGGAAAAGGAAAGAUAAAAGAAAUACUGAAGUGUCCUUUUCUCCAAUUAAAUCAAAAAUUAUUAAAGUGGAGAACUUCGAGUCCUACUUUAAGAAGCAGCAAGCUGAUUCCAACUGUGGUUUUGCUGAAGAGUAUGAGGAACUCAAGUCUGCUGGUGUCCAUCAGCCCAAAUUUGCUGCUGAACUUCCUGAGAACAGGGGAAAAAAUAGAUACAACAACGUCUUACCAUAUGACAUUUCUCGUGUUAAACUUUCAGAUCAAAACUCUGCAACUGGUGAUUAUAUUAAUGCAAACUAUAUGCCUGGCUAUAACUCAAAGAAGGCAUUUAUUGCUGCACAGGGUCCUUUACCCAAUACUAUAGAAGACUUCUGGCUCAUGAUUUGGGAAAAGAAUAUCUACUCUAUUGUUAUGUUGACAAAAUGUGUUGAACAAGCCCGGACAAAAUGUGAACAAUACUGGCCAGACAAACAAUCUAAGAGCUAUGGUGACAUUAUUGUGACAAUGGUCUCGGAGAUUGUCCUUCCAGAAUGGACAAUAAGGGACUUCACUGUAGAAAAGUCCACCACACCAGAGCGGCACACAGUGCGCCAGUUCCAUUUCACCUCCUGGCCAGAUCACGGAGUGCCGGAGACAACAGACCUUCUCAUCAACUUCCGACACCUUGUUCAUGAGUACAGCAGUCAAAAUCCGAUCGACUCUCCUACUCUGGUGCACUGCAGUGCUGGUGUUGGGAGGACAGGGACGUUCAUUGCCAUCGACCGCCUGAUUCAGCAGAUUGAAAUGGAGAAUACUGUGGAUGUGUAUGGAGUGGUAUAUGAUCUUCGCAUGCACCGACCUUUAAUGGUGCAAACUGAGGACCAGUACGUCUUCCUAAACCAGUGUGUUAUGGAUAUUAUUAGAUCCCAGAAAGACAAGAAAACUGAUCUUAUUUACCAAAACACGACAGCAAUGGCAAUCUAUGAAAAUUUCACACCUGGGCCAGGCUUCAGGAAGGCCAAUGGCUACCACGCAUAGUUUGGAAGGAACGCAGUGUCUCCAGGAGGUGUUGUCUGUGCCAAGGGAAGGGAGAUGUUCUACCCGUGUUUUCUGGGAUUGUGUGCAGUGUCUCGCAUCUGGCUUCUCCAGUUCUGUCUGCAUUCGAAGAUGUGACCUGCAGGAGGAAAAACACAAUGCUGGCAGGAGCCAUAGAUUGUUAUUAAAACACACACAAAAACCAAAACUAUUUAAAGUUAACAGAGGAAUCUUGCUUUUUCUUGGGAAUUUAAUAGUGCUGAUAGGUGAAAUAGCAUUUACAGUAUGACCAGUGAACUAGAAUUUAAAUAGUAAAAUAAUAACACAAGCUUUUUAUUACAAUUUUAUAUGAUUUCAUUUACAGAUACCAGGCUCAUGGGCUGUUUUAAUAUAUUUAAUUAUAAGUUUCAGGAACAUAUUUUAUCUACUGUGGCUGUUUAAUUAGCUAAUUAGAUAUGUGCCUCUGUGAUUUAUUUUUGUUUUGCGUUCCUUUAUUUAAAAAAGGAGUACAAACAGCUCCUUCAAAUGGACAUUUAUACUUGGAAAUUGUGCCUUUUCUAGUUGCUACUCUAGAAGAAAAACAGCAGAGAUUCUAUUUUUGUACUGAAACUCUUAAUGAGAACACAGAUUUUUAAAUAAGGCUUAUGUCAAACUUAACUGUAGUUGCACUGUUGGCAGGACUCUCCAGAAGUUUGGAGGUGAGUUUUGUUUUUGCAUUUCACCACAAAUAGCCCCUGCCUUAAUGUUUCGGUGCCUCUGCUAGAGGAAGAGGAGUGUGGUCUGUCACUCGAAGCUUUAACUGUAGUAAAAAAACUGAGCAAGUGAAUAUGUGAAUGUGUGUGCAGGGGUGUGUGUGGGUGUGUAUGAAGGACAGAAUAGCUCCUCCCUGUUCCUGGCUGGUAUUCCUGUUUUUAUACGAUUUAUAAUGAUUUAUUUAAAGGUGCAAUAUAUGAUUUACUGAAUAAUGAUCACUCUAUUUUAAUAGAGUUUUACUCAGGUUAGUGUCUUUUUAUCAUUGUUGUUGUUUUUCCUCAAAUAUAUAAAUCUGUGAAUAUGUUGAACUAAGGUUCCAAGUGUCCAAGCACUCCCAAACAGAUUGACUGGCUUUACGGUUUCUACCAAAACAAAUUGCACAAAAUUCUGCUGUAAAGACCAAUUUCUCGGUUGUUUUAGCCAUUCAAAACCGAGACACAUCUGCCUGCAUCUCAUUUAUCUAAUGUAAUUGUUUUAUAAUUAUUUGCAAUAUACUGCUGCUGUUGUUUUAACUGGUCCUUUAAAAUACAGAACAAAGAAGCAGAAAAACCCUAGUUGCCAAUUUUACAAGUCAGGGAUUAGAUUGGAUUUAUUUUGCUGGUACAUAACUGUUAGACUUGUGAAGGCAUUACCAAUGAAGGAUUUCUUAAGUAGCCUGGGGGGGCAGGUUUUGGUCUCCGGAUCAUUGCACUGGUUGCAUUGCAGAGGAAUAUGAAGUUUAUAAAUAAUGCUAUAGAAUAGCUGUAAAGUGGUGAAAAUCUUAUGAAGGUUUAAUAACCAGAGUCCCUGGAGUUCUGCUGCUUUUGUCUGGGUUGGUUUUUUGUUGGGUGUUUUGUUUGUUUGUUUGUUUUAGCAGAGUUGCCAGAAAAAGCUACAGAUACUAGGAGUAUAUGUGGCAUUACAGUGAAACCUGGCAACCUCAUGGAAUCCACUAUCAGCUGAAGGAAAACAUAGGAAUUCCUGGUGCACAACUGUAACUUCACAGAUAGCCAGAGGAAUUUUUUACAACCUGGUGUGACAUUGUGGUGUGCUGUGUGAGCAAAACUGGAGGGCAAACCACAGUGCGCUUCAGCUUUUUUUGUUGUUGUUGGUUUUGUAGUUGUAGCAGCCACUUGGGCGUUCUUGAAUAUAUUUUUUCUCUCUUUCUCUGAAAUACUUUAAAAUAAAUAAAUUUUUAAAAAGUAAAGUUAAUGAUCAUGCCCAGCUCCAUCCAAACUGGCAGUCCACGUAGUGGAUCUCUCACCCAGCAAUCUUCCUAAGCUGCUUUCAGAUGACAAAGAUAAACCGCUUGGACCAAACAGAACCGUUCCAAAGGAACUGGGAGGGAAGAAAGCCUGCCCCUUAGAGUCAUGCUAUUUUUUUUUCUCUUAAUUACUGUGCAUCUGUGCAGGGCACAGAGCUAGUAUUCAUUAUUCCAGGUCUCCCAAGAACUUGCUGUCUUAGGGUGGUGAAGGCUUUCUUGCUUCAGAAGGCCCUUGUUUUAUAUAGCACAGAAGAGAGGGUCAUGAAUCUUCUUUGCCAGAUCAUGUGUUUGCAUUAUAUUGCAGCAGAAUACUAGAAAACUUGCUAGAAUGGUAUGUGUUUCUGCCUACCCACUGCCCAGAUACUCCUACAGAAAACCAACGUAUCUGUCCCAUUGUUUUGCUGUUGGAAGCAGGCGCCGAAUUCUCAUUGCGUCAUCAUCUAUUGAGUAUCCAUUUUAAAUACAACUAUAUGCAUGUGUUUUCCCAAAACUGACUCAUUGUAAGAAGAGAUGGAAGUUUGAAGUAAAUGACCUGCUGAUCCCAGCUAUAGGUGGAGAAGGUUGGUAAGGCUUAAAAUGUUGUAAACAUGAAGCUGGCCGUAGUGCCGAUGUGAGUAAGUAGGACAUGCCUCAUAGGAUGUCUCUAGAGGAGGAAAAAGAUUAUAGGUUAUAUUCUCCUACCUUAUGGAUCUGUCUUGGUCCAGAUGGCUUAAAUUCCUGCAAAUAACUUUCCACUGCCUUCUGAUGUUCUCUGUGUUACAACUGCCGAGAUCUGUCUCCUUGGUCAGUGUUUCCUCUUGUUGCUUACAUAAAGCUAUCCACUUUCAGGCUGAAAGCUCCACUGUGUGGCAAUUGCAUCUCCUGCAUCUCUGUUCUACUCUUUCUCCUGUUUGGGGCCUGCUUAAGAAGGGAAAAGUUGAUGCGUUUCAAAUAAGUGACUGUUGAAUAUCUUGAAAUGAUGUACAAAUUUUAUUGUUUUCAUAUUUGUUGUCUAUAAUGUUUUUAAUGGUUUGAUUUAUUUUUAAAGAUACAAAAAUAACAAUUAAAAAGCAUCAUCCUAGA